AUGGACGCCAUUGCUGUGAAUGUUUUUCAGGGACUGACCUCUUUGGCUCUUGAAGAGUUCAAAUUGCUGUGGAAUGCUAAACAUGAUGCAGAAAGCAUGAAGAACACGAUCCUUGCCGUCAGAGCUACACUGUUGGAUGCAGAGGCAAGGGCCAACAAUAACCAUCAAGUCAGCUUUUGGCUGAAGAGAUUGAAAGAUGUCCUCUAUGAUGCAGAUGACCUGCUUGAUGGUUUGUCCACCGAAGCUUUGAGGAGGGGAAUCGUGACAAGAAACAAGGUGGCAAAGAAGGUACGGAUCUUCUUCUCAAAAUCAAACCAAGUUGUUUAUAACUUUAAGAUGGCUGAUAAAUUGAGGGAACUCAGGAGAAGGCUAGAUGAAAUUGAUAAUGACAAGAAACAAUUUCAUUUCAUUGAUCACACUCCUAGGCCUCUGCCUGUACUUGAGGAACGAAAGCAAACAUACUCUUUUGUGCAAGAAGAUGAAAUCAUUGGGAGAGAAAAGGAAAAGGAUGUGAUUUUAAGUUAUUUGUUAGACGGUGAUGCGGAAUCUAGUGUUUCAAUUAUUCCCAUUGUUGGAUUUGGAGGGUUAGGAAAGACCACACUUGCUCAAAUUGUGUACAAUCAUGUGGAUGUUCAAAAACAUUUUGGGUUGCAAAGGUGGGUGUGUGUAUCUGAUGAAUUUGAUGUAAAACAAAUAGCACAAAAGAUUUUAGAGCAAAAAAGUUCAAAAGAGAUGGAGGAAGUGCAACAAGAUCUUAGACGAUUAAUAGAGGGGAAGAAGUUUUUGAUUGUGUUGGAUAAUGUGUGGAAUGAAGAUGUUGAGAUUUGGCAUAAGUUGAAAUGCUUAUUAACCACAGGUGUAGAAGGGAGCAUGAUAAUUGUUACCACACGUAGUGAGAAGGUGGGAAGGAUGAUGGGCACCUAUUCGCCAAUUAUCCUUGAAGGUUUAGAUGGUGAAACAUCUUGGAAUUUGUUUUGUAGUAUGGCUUUCGAAGGGGGUAGAGAACCAAAUGAUAAGGAGUUGUUAGAAAUUAGCAAUGAGGUUGUAAAGAAAUGUGGAGGAGUUCCUCUUGCUAUUAGAGCUGUUGGAAGGCUUGUGUAUGAUAAAGUCUUAGAAGGACUAAGAGAUUUGUCAUACUUUAAGGAAUUGUGA